CCCGUGUUUGUCGACAGCCUCGAAGACGGUGGAUGUCUCAGCAAUCCAACACUGCAAAGCCUUCGCUCCAGGGGGUCAAAAUCAAAGCUAGAAAGGGUGCAGUCAAAGCUCAGGCAAAGCACGAACCAGCGGUCUUCAGAGAUCAACUAUAUAAACACCUCGAAACCGUCGACAACCACGACUUCGAGGCCAUCACUAAUAAACUUCUCCAGGCAGGCCCCUCCCUCGAUUACUUGAAGUAUGCAGAAGCCCUCUUCGAAAUCAUCCUCGCUGGCGGUCUCAUCCAGCCAGGCGGCUCUUAUGUCGAUGACGGUGCACCCAUGUCUCCUUUCUCCAUCUUACAGGCAAAGCACCCUGCAUCAGUCGACGACCUAAAGAAUUAUGUUCAGGUCCUCAAUAAACUCAUUAGAAGAUACAAGUAUCUUCAGAAACCUCUCGAAGAGCAGUCACUCCCCACCCUGCUCCAGUACAUAAACAGAUGGGCUCCUGACCAGCGCGACAAGUUUUCCGUGACAGUCGGCCUCCUCAUAUCUCAGGGCAUUGUUAGUGCGACUUGUCUGCAAACACUGAGUAAAGACCACCUGGUCAAGAAUGACACAUCUAUAACUGUACUCGCAAUCAUAUUCCGCGCCUAUCUGGCAGACCAAUCUAUGGAACACCUUGCCACGUCUUUGAGACGUGGCAACAUCAAGGACCUUCUCAUCUUCUUCCCGCCCAAUCGUAGAGACGGCAAGAUUCUUGACAACUUCUUCCGCAAGGAGAAUAUUCCUCAAGUAGCCGAUUGGUACACCAAGAGACAACAAGCCCUCGCCAAAGAGAUCAUCGUGUCGGAGCUUAAAGACCUCUGUGCACAGGACGAUUCUGCUGAAACCAUAAUCUCUUCCGUGCAGAGCAAAUUAGAAGAGAAUCCGCUGCCAGAUACUGAGCUUAUACAAUGCCUGUGGCAGGGUCUCAUGGCUACCGUCGACUGGAGUGCCCGCUCAGACCAGAUCGAAGGUCUUGCGCUCCGCGAAAUUGGGAAAUUUGCACCUGUCCUUGAGGCUUUCAGCAAGAGUCCAAAAGUUGAGGUCGCGUUGAUCAACGCGGUGCAAGUACACUGUUACGAUGACACGCGGAUAAUGAAAGCGUUCGUCCCGAUACUCAAGGUUCUGUACAACAAGGACUGUGUUUCAGACCAGGCUAUCAUUUACUGGCAUCAGAAGGGCUCCAAGCCUCAAGGAAGACAACACUUCUUGAAGGCUGCCGAAGCCCUUGUCAAGUUCCUCCAAGAACAGGAAGACAGUGGAGAUGAGGAAUGAUAGGCUCCAGAUAAUCAUGUGGUUUUAGGCAAUGUAGUGGACUCUUUUCCCUUCCUCUUCAGCCCGCUUUAGCACAUUUAAUUGUACUUCUGAGGAUGACCGAUGAAGUCUGAACGAAUUCAUGAUAUCUUGCGUUUUCUACCCUCGGAAGUAUAUUUCACAUGACGCUACAUCGUAC